CUAGUUCUGCUAAAAAUUGAAGAACGCCCUGUAAGGUUCUUCGCCCUGUUAGGAUGUUCUUGCACCCGGGGUCCACCCUGGCGGGGACUCCCGCCCCUCUAGUGAUGGAGCUCCUCCCACCCACGAUCCUAAGAGAAGUUCGAGAUUUCCAAGGGCUCGCGCACGUGCAAUGGAGGCGGGGUCGUACUCAGAGCCAAUGAGAGCCUGAGGGGGCGUGGAGGGCAGGGAAUCUUCCAGAGGCAGAAGCCCACGGAAGUUCUAAAGAGGGUCUGGCAGACCUCAGAGAGAGAUGCAGUCUAAACGAGAGUGUGAGGUAAGUAAAAGAAGACAUAAGGAGGCCUUGGGCUCCACCUUGCAAAAGGGGGCAGUUACAGUAACCCCAACACCUUUGGUGAGGUGGGACGGGCCGGUGAUGCACAAUUCCAACCUACCUCUUUCCCCCAGCAAUGGUGUGAGAGGGUGAAUCCAGAGAACAAGGCAGCCCUGGAGGCGUGGGUAAGGGAGACUGGCAUCCGCCUGGUGCAGGUCAACGGGCAAAGGAAGUAUGGCGGGCCGCCCCCAGGUACGGUAGCCCCAGCCCCUGUGUCAGUACACCAGCCUGGGCCACUCUUUGGGGAAAGGCCCUGUCCUAAGGCUCCAAGGUCAGAAAACCCCAACUACCAGACAUACUCUACUAGAUGUGUCUAUUUGUCCGGCUCCCCCUCCACUCUCCCCGUCGAGAAAGGUACACUCAGCGCCAGCCCAUCAGUUUACCCGGUGCAGUCGCCCAGCUAUGCUAACGACCGGGAGGCGAUGGGUGUCCAUAUUUACAAAUGGUCUCCCUCCUUCCCCCACACCCCAGCUUUUUCCUGUAGCUUAGAAAUAGAAACAUUGCUGUGGACAACAGCACUCCUCCAUAUCCUCUCCCUCCAGGCUGGGUGGGCAGCCCACCACCGUCGGGGUCCGAGGUGUUUAUCGGACGGCUGCCGCAGGACGUGUACGAACACCAGCUAAUCCCACUCUUUCAGCGCGUGGGGCGCCUCUAUGAGUUCCGCCUGAUGAUGACCUUUAGUGGUCUAAACCGCGGCUUUGCCUAUGCGCGCUACAGCUCGAGGCGCGGUGCUCAGGCCGCCAUUGCUACGCUGCACAACCACCAGCUGCGUCCUUCUUGCCAGCUCCUGGUGUGCCGUAGCACCGAGAAGUGCGAGCUGACGGUAGACGGGCUGCCUGCGAGCUUGACCCGCCGUGCGCUACUGCUCGCCCUGCAACCGCUGGGGCCCUGCCUGCAGGAGAUACUGCUGCUCCCCAGCCCCGGUUCUGCACCCUCCCAGAUUGCGCUGCUCAAGUUCAGCACGCACCGAGCCGCUGCCAUGGCCAAAAAGGCCCUGGUAGAAGGGCAGUCACGCCUCUGUGGAGAACAGGUGGCUGUGGAGUGGCUAAAGCCAGACCUGAAGCAGCACUUCCGCCAGCAGCUUGCAGGUCCCUCACUGCGGUUCCUACGGCCGGAUGGCAGCCAGCUAACCCAGACCAGGGACAAGCUAGGGUCUCAAGGGGCUCGGGCUGCUCUGCAGCUGCUGUGUCAACGAAUGAAGCUGGGCAGUCCAGUGUUCCUUACAAAGUGUUUAGGAACGGGGCCUGCUGGCUGGCAUCGCUUUUGGUACCAGGUUGUGAUCCCUGGGCAUCCGGUGCCUUUCAGUGGCCUCAUUUGGGUUGUCCUGGCCUCUGAGUGGCAGGAUGGGCAUGAGGUGGCCAAGGAUGCUGUGUCUGCACAGCUGCUGGAGACACUGAGUGAGUCUUGGGCCAGCUUGUGGUCUCCUGGGGCUGAAACAGGUACUCUGGUUAAGCAGUGACCCCUCCCCCCUUUUCUCUACUGGCACCCUAAAUGGGUAGGCAGAGCCUGUGCCAAUCCCCAGCCCAGCAGGCCUGGGCAGCCACAACUUGAUCCCAGAGAGAUAGGGGCCUGGUGACAGCUUUCCUGCUGUCACACCUAUGUGCUACUUUAGUUGUGAGGAACCUUGCCCGCCCCCACUGAGCCCGGGAUCUGAUUUGACUUCAAUUCCCAGCUUGACAAAUACUCGCCAUACCCAUCUAAGAGGUUACUAUGAAUCCUUGUUUUUAUUUGAAGAACUGGCUGAGCAAAAGGGCCAUUCCCCCCACCCCUUGUCACUGGUUUGGUCUUAAUAUGGUUUUUGUUUUUCUAUACUGGUUUUAUUUAUAUUAAAGUCCUUGUUGGUAUA